CCGGGUUCUCACUCUCAUCGAUUCUCUUGGGCCGUUCGCAACGUCCCAUUAGGGCCGCCCAGGCCUUCGCAUCCUACUAAUGCCGUCGAUGAGCAGCUCAAUCAUAAAUUUACCUCAUAAACAUCCGCGCGCGAGAGGAUAGGUAAAGAGAGAAGCAAUCCCGCUAUCAUACUGAGCGAUUGCUGUUGUGAUUCCAUAGUUAUAUGCAAUCAUGGACCACUCAGCGCCUUUCGCUCAUCAUCACCAGCAGCAAAACCAGCCAGCUUCUUUCGAAUCCGAAAAAGUCGACUAUGGCUUUGACAGUUUGCUCGGUCACGAUACAUGCCUGACACAUGGUCUCGAUUCUCUCGGUACCUGCAACAACACUGAGAACGCUUGUCUCGACCAACGCUGUUUUGACCACUAUGGUAAAACUGCUACCACCAAGAACGCUCUUGACAUCGGCCUCGAUCUUAAGAACGGUACUGAUACGGUCUCUCAGCGUCAUGACCAGGUCAACAGCACCCGUUCCACAAGGGCAAAAAGCCGUAGCCAACCAAACAUAUCCAAUUCUCCUGCAAGAACAUUGUCUACUGCGGCAAUGAGAGUCUCAGCGCACCGACAAAAGCGAAGGAGACAGUCUGAGCAGACGCAUCAGUAUCAUAAACAACUGGAAUAUCCGCAGUCUUCGCAUGUGCAUCAAAUGCACUCUCCUCAUAGCAUUCAACAGGAUCAGAAUCUCCAGCAUAUCGACCCCACAGCUGUUCUCCAGACCGUCAACGAGAAUCUGCAGCACAACUUCAACAUGCCACUGUUAGACAGCCAACAUACAUCCUUUGGAGAAUUCCAACACCAAAACCAUGCAUUCCCAGUGCCCAGUCUCUAUGAUCGUUGGCCACAAGCCAUUGCUCCCUCCUGGGCCAACAUGAUGGGACAGGCCAGCGUCGCCAAUUGCAUGCCGAUGCCGUGGACACAACAUAUGGGAUGCAACAACGCCACCUCUGUUGACUGCACUUCUGCGUGCGGCGACGCCAAAUGCUGGAGUCAAUGUGGCGACGGAGAUCAUGCGGACUGCUGCUUCGAUACUUCUUGUGACGAGUUUGAUUUCUCCCAUGCUGCUUGUUGCUUUGAACCCACUUGUGCUGCCCUUGAGCCAUGCCUUGACACCUCUUGCCAGGAGGCCGCAAUCCCCUGCAACGAUUCCCAUUGCGUGAGCACCACCGUGUCAACCACUCCGGCGUCUGUGUCUGUUACAACACCCUCGGCAGAGCCUGAACCCGUGGUCAAUACCCUAAUGAGUCCAGUCGAACCAGGCCAGGGCGUUCCUUUGGAUAUUGACUCCGUGAUCGGGCAGGACUUUGGCCAUUUCUCUCAUGAAAUCGGACCUAGUUUUACUGAUGAUCUCAACCAACACGUCGGAAACCUUGCAAGGCGUCCAAGUGGCCCAGGGCUAAGCCACAAUGGCGCCUUUUCCAUGCCCUCACAAUCUCCCACACCGAAAACCGAGUUGGCUGAGAAGCAAGCUAUAAAGGGAGAAGCCGAGUUCACCUGCCAAUGGCUCUGUGAGGGAGAUGGAGUCCUCUGUUCCAAAAGGUUUGGAAGUAAUAAAGAACUCCAGGACCACUGUAAGAAUGAGCAUGUCAAGACUCUGCAGAAGGGCGAAAAUGGGUUUUGCUGCACAUGGUACGCUUGUAUAAGACCCGGUCCAUUCUCACAAAAGAGCAAACUGGAACGACAUAUGCAGACACAUACCGGAUACAAACCCGUCAAAUGCGAGAUUUGCGGCAUAAUGCUUUCAGCAAAGCAAUCUCUGGAGCAGCACAUGCGUACCCACUCUGGAGAGAAACCAUGGAAGUGCGAUCGUCCGGGGUGUGACGCGCGGUUCAAACAACAGAGUGCUCUUACCAUGCAUAUGCGCACGCAUACAGGAGAGAAGCCUUUGCAGUGCGAAAUCUGUGGUAAGCGGUUCGGCGAAUCCUCCAAUCUAUCCAAGCACCGUCGCACGCACAAUGUUCGUGGUAACCACGUUUGUGAGCACUGUGGCAAAGACUUUCAUCGGCUGGAUCAACUUCGUCGGCAUCUGCAGACUCAUCUGCAAGAUGGCGGCCGCAAGACUAGCAAAAGCUCAUGAGAUGUAGCCCUGAAACUUCACAGAGUUGAGGAUAUCUCAUUUGAAAGAGAGAGAGAAAAGGGAAAGCUGCCGUCGCUUGGGAUUUUGAGGUCGGUACUGGCGUUGAAGGUUUCCGUAAUUGAGCCCUUUUGAAAUUUGUGAUGAAAACUGGCGUUCCUGGACCAUGCUGCUCCGGGCGAGCCACAUGAUAUUUACGAAGUGAGCGGAAAACUCAGAUAACGGUAGAUAGAUACCCGAUUCCAUAAUGGACACGAAAAAGAUCAAGCUCUCGAUUUGUAUGACCAUGAUCCAGAAUGUUCGGCCAAGCGGGACAGGUACUUGCAGUUUAUAAUUGGUGCAUACUGUCUCCGAUGUUGUGUAAUAAUCUCGUUUUGUCAAUGGGGGAAGACCGGGAGGGGAGUAUUUGAAUCUUCAUUGUCGUCCCCCAUACUGUCCAUUGAGACAUGAGCGAGACAUAAUAUAUUGGCUAACCCGCGGUCCCCUCGAAUUCGAUUCUCCAUGGGAUCAAAUCAUCUUUCACUGCCUUUGGGGGCCAACGCAAUUGUGAGGCAACACGACCAACAGAUGUGCCCAGUUCGUUGAAGAUGAACGAAGAGUUGAAGAAUAAGAAGCUGGGUUUUUUCUGUGCCUUCUUCACUCGUUGAUGGAGUUAUGGUGGGGGUGAUGCAGGUUGGAGCGAUCCGAGGCGCCUCUAAAGACCGACCGAAUGUGGCCGACCCAUACAAAAGAAUUUUAUCAGUAUACCUUAGGCCCAAGAGAUCCAGGGCCAGUUGAAAUCCAGUAGACGAAUUAACAUAAACCAACACAAAAUCUGGAGUAAGUCUCUGGAGGAUCUGGUAAAUUGUAUAUGUUUCAGAUUCCUGCCAGAGCAAUAAAGCUUUGAUUGUCCAAGGCAUACGAUCCCUUCCUACAUGGACACAACCAUCUUGUCACAACUAUCACAAAGACAGACUCAGAACUUCUUGAUCAUGACCUCAUUUUUAUUUUCAAAAGACUGCCUGUCCAGGCAGUCCGUUGUGGACAUGCCGUCCCGAAUCGAGGCCCAAGCCGGGAAAUAAGUACAAGUCAGACCGAGAUUCCCUGAGCCAUGCGAUGCAAAUUUCGAAGCCUUUAGUUCAAAGAAAAAGCACGCCACGCCCUCCAUACCCCGUUUCCUUUCUACCCGUUGUCCUUGUCACGCCAGAAACUACAAGCAUUUUAACUUAAGCCUGCAUUCUUUUCGUCAGUGUUUGGUUCUCGGGACGUGUGUUUUGCCAUAUAGAGUUGUUAAUCCUCCAAAGGCGUCGAAUCAUCGUACCUUGAUGGCGAACUUGCGCUGAGGGAAGUGAACAGUGCGCUUCUUGGUCUUCUCGAGGACACGGGACUUCUCCUCGGGUGAUAGUCGGCGGCGGAUGGCACGAGUCUGCUUGGGUCGGAGGUCGAGAGGGGCGUACUUCUUGUUCUUAUAGAAGAGUCGAAGCUGAGCCCUUUGCUUGGCGUUGAUAACGGUCAGGACACGGGCGAUCGACUUGCGGAUGUCAUGACUGUUUGAAACGUAUUAGCCAUAUGUCGCUAUUGAUUUUACGAUGUCCUCCAACACCACUGUUGCAGAGAGAGAAGUGCUCACAUCCUGUUCAGCUUGGAGCCAGAAGAGGCGACCUUCUGGAUGCGGAGUUGACCAAGCUCGGUCUUGAGCUCAGCGAGCUGCUUUGUCAAAUCAUCCUUGUUCUUGCCCCAGAGCGCACCAGCCUUGACCUUGCCCGACGACUACAACCUGUCAGUGAUUUGUCCUUCCCAUGUUCAUGUUUUGUGGGUUGCUAGAUCGAAACAAUGGCCGAGGUUCGAGAGUGGAAAAACGAUCGUGAAUGUGUUUUGUGUGGUUUGGUCGAUGAAAAGUUCGAAUGGUUUGACAGCCGCACGAGACGGCGACAAAACAAGCCGAC